AUGUUAUCAAAUUUAGAGAUCAUGAUGAAAAAACAAGUUACGGCUGUCGAGAAGAUCGAUGCAUAUAUGGAAAAAUUAAAAACUAUGAAAAAGAAAUUUGAUCCAUUACCGCAUUUUACUUUGCAUAGAGUGUUAUCUCAAGUUUCUCCACAAUUUUAUACCAAAGAUGAGUUAACACAAAUCGAGAAAACCAAUCAAGUUUUGUUUCAAAAAAUAAAUCAUUCUCUUAUUUCAGAUAAUAAAGUGGAAAGAGUAGAAGUCAACGACUUAAAAAGUUGUCAACCAAGUAAAGAAGAGAAAAUAGUGAAACCAAAGCUCGCAAUUAAGAGGAAAUCAAGAAAUCAAGGGAAAGAAAUUCUACCAUCACCACCACCAGAAUUGCCUAAUCAUAUUAAUAUCUUGGUCGAAGUGUUGGAUGGUACUGAUGUUAAAUAUAUCAUGUGUAAGACAUUGUACAGCUGUGAUCUCACCCAAAAUCACAAUCGUCUUUCAAUGCCGAUUUCACAGAUUAAAUGUGAUUUUCUCACCGAGAUAGAAAAGAAAACUUUAGAAGAAAAUGAUGAAGAAAAAAAACCAAAGAGUUUAGAUGUGAUUGUGUUAGAUCCAGAUUUUAAUGAAUUUUCUGUGUGUUUGAAAAAAUGGGAUAUGAAUAGUACUAGUACUUAUAAUCUUGCUAAAGAUUGGACAAAAGUUUUAUCAAAAAAUAAUUUUAAAAAAUAUCAAAAAAUUGACAUUUGGUCAUUCAGAGUUGACGGCAAAUUACACUUUUUACUUGAUAAUAAUGAGCCGGAAGAAAUUGAAAAUACUAAUGAGCCGGAAAUUGAAGAUACUAAUGAGCCGGAAGAAAUUGAAGAAAGCGGAGAACCAAAAAACUCAAUCAUUAUUUCAAAUAUGGAAGAAAAGCAAAGUGAAGAGAUGAAGAUUGAUGACUCCAAAUAA